UUGUUCUUAAUUUCUAUAUGAUUUCCUUUCAAUCCCCCCUCUCGCCUCCAGACAUGAUCAGAAAUAUUAUCCCGGAGUUUGAGAAUUCAUCAAAGAAGAGAAAGUUGGCAGAUUCACAAGAUGAUCAUGAAGAAACUUCAGACAAGCGAUUAAAACCUGAAAGCGUGAAAUCGAUGUUCAAUAUGGAGCUACAGCUAGAGACUCCUUUACCUUUGGAGUGGCAAAGAUGUCUUGAUAUUCAGUCAGGGCAGAUACACUUUUAUAAUACGAAGACCCAUACGAGAACUUGUAAGGAUCCAAGGAGAAGCCUUGAACCCCCAAGUCCUGGUCACAUGAGCUUAGACCUUGAGUUAAACCUACCGUGCGAUUCAUUAGUAAGGAAAGUUAAUACAACUGAUCACAGAUUAUUCAACAAGCAAAGCUCUGUCAGCCCCACGAGGGCCAGUUCCAUCGAAAAGAAGACCAACUCAUCAGGCGGACUAACUCGCAACCUUUCAUGGUUGGCGAUGGACGACGAUCAGCAAGAGCAAGAGAUGGUAGCAACAGUAUGCAUGCGGUGCCACAUGUUGGUGAUGCUUUGUAAGUCAUCACCUGCAUGCCCUAACUGCAAAUUCAUGCACCCACCAGACCAAGGCCCUCCAAAGCUAUUCAAGCGAAGGCUUAGCCUCCUGUGCUAGUAAGGUCAAUCAAG